UUAACGUGGGUGGUAAAAUUUGAUCAGGAAAGACAAAGUAAUAAACGACACAGUGAAGGCAAGAAUAAACGUGUACACACUUAUUUAAUCAAUUAAUGUUUCCUGUAUACUUUUUAUCGUGAUCGAUUAAUAACGGUUAAACCACGAAAAAGAUAAGAAACGAAUAACGUAAGAAAUGAGAUUAGGGAAUAUUGUUCUCGUACCUUUUAUUCUGUUUAUUACGUUUCCGGUGACUAGCAACAGUGAUACGAAGAAACCAACAGUGUUCGUAACAAUUUUAGUUCGAAAUAAAGCACAUACGUUACCAUAUUUCUUAACCUUUUUGGAACAAUUGAAUUAUCCUAAAGAUCGAAUAUAUCUGUGGAUACACAGUGACAACAAUAUUGAUAACUCGAUCGAAAUAUUAUCUACAUGGUUGGAGAGUAAGGGUAACGAGUAUCACGGAAUUGAAAUAAACUUCGAUAAAGAAUCGAACGGAUUCAAGGAUGAAAAUGGAAUUGCCGAUUGGUCGACGCAAAGAUUUCUACACGUAAUAAAUUUACGCGAAAGGGGUCUUAACGCGGGAAGCAAUAUGUGGGCAGAUUUUGUUUGGAUGCUCGACGCAGAUAUUUUUCUGACAAAUCCGAAUACUCUCGACGAGCUGAUUUCAAAAAAUUUAACCGUCGUUGCACCGUUACUCAAAUCCGACGGAUUGUACAGCAAUUUUUGGGCGGGAAUGAACAGCAAUUAUUACUAUCUCAGAACAGACAGAUAUGACCAGAUCCUGUUCCGGGAGGAGACCGGAUGUUUUGAUGUACCUAUGAUUUAUAGCGCGGUUCUUAUAGAUCUAAGAAAAUACGCUUCCGAUGGAUUGACCUACGAUCCAAAUAAUUUGGAUCAAUACGACGGCCCUGUAGACGAUAUUAUAACUUUUGCCAUCAGUGCCAAAAAAUUUGACGUGCCAUUGUUUAUUUGCAAUAACAAUAUUUAUGGAUUUGUUAUGAUUCCUUUAGAAGAGGGAGGAACAAUUGCAGAGGAUCUGCAAUCCCUGACCAAUAUCAAAACAGAGAUAUUGGCAAACAGUAAUUACCUUCCAUUGUCGACGUGUCUUGAACAAUUUGUGCAAUACCCUGUCGCGGAUACACUACAUGUAGAUAAUAUUUAUAUGAUAAAUCUUUUAAGAAGGCCAGAGAGACGCGAUAGAAUGUAUCGUCUUUUUAAAGAAAUUGGUAUUCGAGCGGAAACUAUCGAUGCCAUUGACGGUAGUUCAUUGAACCAAUCUGUACUGAACACCGUGGGAAUAGAAAUGAUGUCAGAAUAUGCUGAUCCUUAUCACGAUCGGCCAAUGACUAUGGGAGAAGUCGGAUGUUUCUUAAGUCAUUACACUGUCUGGAACAAGGUAUUAGAAAAUGAUUACGAAAAAGUCAUUGUCUUGGAAGACGACGUUCGUUUUGAACCGUUUUUUAGACAAAAAGUAAAUUAUAUUUUAACAGAACUCGAUAAUCUUAAACUUGAUUGGGAUUUGGUGUAUUUGGGAAGAAAAAAAUUAGAAGAAACUGAAUCUGCGGUCUUAGGAUCAAAAAAUUUGGUUCGUGCAGCCUAUAGUUAUUGGACAUUGGGAUACAUUUUGUCGGCAAAAGGUGCAAGAAAACUUGUAGAAGCAAAACCAUUGAAAAAAUUAAUACCCGUUGAUGAGUAUCUUCCUAUACUGUCCGACGCUCAUCCUAGGGAAGAUUGGAAAGCACACUAUCCAGAACGAAAUUUGAUAAUACUGUCUACAAAUCCUUUACUAAUUUAUCCGACGCAUUAUACGGGCGAAGAUGGUUACAUCAGCGAUACAGAAAAUUCUAAGAUUGUAUUCGAUGCCAAUGACAAAAGUAACUCGAACAAACGAGAGGAACUAUAAGCACCGUACGAUCUGUACAUAUGCAAGUUGAGAAAAAAGAUAUUUAACUAGUCUCUUUACUCAAACUAAUAUAUUAAAUCUUUUAGUUCGUAACAUAAUUUACCGCCAUGCAAACAUGCCAUAUACAUUAUUAGAAUUUCAAUAGUAUAGAAAAUAACAGAUAUUGAACCGAAGAAAGAGAUUUUGUAUAUUUUCUUAUUAUUCUUUUAUAAUUAUAUAUUGAUAUUGUUUCAGAAGUAUCUCUAACAAUAUAUUUUACAUUGA